GCCUUCUCUAACAGAAAACCAGAAAAAUGUAGAGGAGAGUGAUAUUAGCUUUCUUCCUCACUCUCUUGGUCUUUUCCUUCCCCUCUUUCCAAUUCAAAUCCGAUGAGCUUCUCCUAGAUGACGAGGAGUUCGGUCUCAAGGGUGCUCCACCUCGCUUCCCUGAACCAGCAUCCAUCCUUGCUGCUACUAGAUCUUCCCGGAAGAGGCAUUCGGAGCUGGAGUCUGACUCCAAGAUCCAGUCUCUGGGGCACGCUUUCGGUGACUCCGAUUUGGUUCCCGUUGGCACCUUCUCUGCCCGCCGCAACACUUGGAAUCACGGUGGCCAGUUGGCUUGAUGUUCUUUCUAGAAAAUUCCAAAAUUUGCUUCAAGGUGAUGACCUCUACAGGAUAAGGCUCCCAUUUAAUGGUCUAAGUCCUCCUGGGAGGGAUUAUAUUAUCACAUCAGUGAAAGCAGAAGUUGUAAAUAUCUUGGCAGUCAAUUAUGGGUCCCCAGGGGCAUGUGCAUAUCCUCGGCAGUUGAAACUUCCUUUUAAAUGGGCCUUCAACUCCCACACAGUUUUAAAGGACGGUGAGCAGGCACCAAGGUAUUCUCCUAUCCAUAUUAUUCACUUGUUUUUGGAUCUAAUAUUAUAGCUCCUGUUUUUUCUUUUUCUGAUUUUUAAUAUCCCCAACAUUAUUAACUCUUUCUUUAUCUUCAGUUUUAUUGAUUAUUUGAUUGACAUCUAAUUGGAAGCUAUUUCAUGGCUUAAAGGAGAACUUAUUAAUUAUAAAUUGCAAUCUCAUCCUGUUUCUUUUACUGUUUCAAGAGCAUAAGAUACAUGUCCUCCUCGAUGGGCAAGUUUGUUUUAGUAAAUAACUUAAAUACAUCCACUCCAUGUCCAAGCUGAUCAUCAUAGUAUACAAUUAUACAUCAUAUUUGCAAAAUCUCUAUAGCAAUUUUGUUUUCAUUUUAAGUUUCUUUUCUCAAUCUAAAAAACAAAAGGGUUGCUUUCACCAUUGCCUUUUGUUUUGCAGGGCUCCAAUCUUUACUGAAGAAAUUCUGGGUGAUGAGAAUGGAGAGAGUGAAAUUGUGCAACCACUAGAAAAGUUUUUCUAGGCCAAAUAUUGGAUGUAUUUGAUUCCUCUUGGACUCAUUAGUCAUGAAUGCCAUAACCCAAGCAAUGAAUAUGCCUGAGGAACAGGCUACUGGUCAAUCAGCAUCACAAGCACAGCCGGCUGCAUUCGUGCAUCCAAUGCUGCAGUGCGUAGGAGAUGACAUUUAACUAUUUUGGGGAGAAAUACUGGCUAAAAUUUAUACUUUGAUUGGGUCUUGGAUUACUUUGAUUGGGUCUUGGAUUGAUCUUCGUAGGUUUACAAUUGCACAAAAAUGUUUAAUU